AUGAGGCUUCAUCGGCUGUGGUCUAGUCUAUCUCUGUUUGCGGCUGCCACAGCUCAGACCAUUAGUGGCCUAACCUUUAACAGUCAAGAUGUUGUGGGCCUUGUUUGGGGCUUAGAAGGCGCGACAUCGGCGCGUUAUGAUCUCUGGCUUUGUGCUGGAGACGAAUCCACGGGCGAAUACGAAACAUUGGAGCGAGUGGUCGAAAAUGUCUCUUAUACAGCUGGUGAUUUGGUGUCAUUCCGGGUCGACCAAAGCGUGGGAGGAAAUGAUCCAAACGCAUACUUCCUGAAGAUUGUUCCUUCCACCACCAAGAGCGUUGCGUCGGGUUUAACAUCUCAUUUCACACUCACCAAUAUGAAAGGCACCUUCUCUGCCAAAGUGUCAGAUGCCGUCCAGCUCAUGCGACCUAUUCCCAUAGCAUCAUAUUUCGUGGACGACAAUCUCCUAGAUCCCACCGAAGCCACCCCAAGUUUGAAUGCAUCACAGUCUGCUUUGCAGUUCCCAGUACCUACCCCAGUACCCUCUGCGAGCCAUGAGCCGGACCAUCAUGAGCUGCGAAAGCGGUUGGCCUUAGAUCCCCAUACGAUCCCCUACGGAGAGCAGACGGGCCGGACCAAGUAUGCUCCGAUGCCCAAAAGAGCGGGCACCACCAUCGCAGACAAACCGGCGACGCCUCAAUACCCUCCUUUUCCUUUCUCCAUUGCCACCACGUAUCUUCCUGCCCCAACAGUGGAUUAUACGGAUACAGCAUAUGCCACUUGGACAGCCCACAGCAUCGAGAAUACGGCUGCCCCGGCUGCGAUGCCGACGUUGGACAAGAGAAUGCAGGAUUGGCUAGAGCGAAAUGGUUAA